AUGGCUGUCAUCCCAGACCUCGCCCUCCCUCACCUGCGGAAGAGCCAAGGGAAUGUCAUCAACAUCUCCAGCCUAGUGGGGGCAAUUGGCCAGACCCAGGCAGUUCCCUAUGUGGCCACCAAGGGGGCAGUAACGGCCAUGACCAAAGCCUUGGCCCUGGAUGAAAGUCCAUAUGGUGUCCGAGUCAACUGUAUCUCCCCAGGUAACAUCUGCACCCCACUGUGGGAGGAGCUGGCAGCCUUCACACCAGACCCUAGGGCCACGAUCCUGGAGGGCAUGCUGGCCCAGCCACUGGGCCGCAUGGGCCAGCCCGCUGAGGUCGGGGCUGCGGCAGUGUUCCUGGCCUCCGAAGCCAACUUCUGCACGGGCAUCGAACUGCUCGUGACAGGGGGUGCAGAGCUGGGGUACGGGCGCAAGGCCAGUCGGAGCACCCCCGUGGACGCCCCUGAUAUUCCCUUCUGAUUUCUCUCAUUUCUACUUGGGGCCCCCUUCCUAGGACUCUCCCACCCCAAACUCCAACCUGUAUCAGAUGCAGCCCCCAAGCCCUUAGACUCUAAGCCCACUUAGGAAGGUACCAGGUCACCCUGCAGGUUCCCAUAAAAGCAAUUUGCAGCCAGAA